AUGGCGCCUCCCGCCGAGAUCACCAUUCCCACGACGUCUCUCUACACGCCUCCCGACGGAUCCAAGCCCUACACACUCUACAACAUCACCAUGAGGCUUCCCCUGCGUACCUACGUCGUCCAGAAGCGAUACUCCGAGUUUGCCACUCUGCACAGCGCCCUCACAUCCCUCGUCACCGUCCCGCCUCCCGCUCCCCUACCAGCCAAGUCGUGGUUCAAAUCCACGCGAAACUCGCCAGAAUUGACCGAGGACCGCCGCAGGGGCCUCGAAGCCUACCUCCGCGCCAUUGCUGAAUCCCCCGACCGCAGGUGGCGCGACACUCCCGCCUGGCGCACCUUCCUCAAUCUCCCCAGCCUCAACAGCGCCUCCAACAGUGCCGCGAGCGUAAGGGCUGGCUACGGCAUCCCUAACAGAGAUGCCGCCAAUGUCGCCGCCUCUCAGGACCCCGGCACCUGGCUCGACUUGCACGCAGAGAUGAAGAGGGACUUCCAGGAAGCUCGCCGUUGUCUAGCGAGACGAGACGCUGCUACCGAGAACGCUGUCGCCCUCGAGGCAGGAUCAGCCGCGAAGAAGGCGCUCGUCAAAGCGGGCGGACUGCUGAACACUUUGCGCGACGGGCUGAAGACCAUGGAGGACGCGAAGCGUUUAGGUGAUGGCGAGAUCCGCCGAAGAAAAGAUCUACUCGCUGCGGCACGCGUCGAUAGGGAAGACCUGGAUAAGCUUAGCUCUACCAUCUCCGCCACGGCUAAAUCCGCCGCGCGAGGAGGCGUGCCCUCGACGGCGGACAAGGCUGCGCUCAUCGGAAACGCGGCGACGAAAGGGCGCGGAAGAGUCCUUGGCGCACCGCUGCCGGAAACCGAACAGACGAGGGAACUGGAUAACCAGGGCGUCGCGCAGCUCCAGCGACAGAUGAUGCAGGAGCAGGAUAGCGAUGUUGACGCGCUGGCCAAGAUCAUCAGGCGCCAGCGGGAAAUGGCCGAGGCCAUUCAUGUCGAGGUCGAGGAGCAGACGAGGAUGCUUGAUGACGUCAAUGGACAGGUCGACGUCCUUGCGGGCAAAGUCAAGGUUGCGAAGAACCGCGCCGGCAAGAUUUCGUGA